CGGGCUCCGGGCAUUGUCCCGCUCUGGCUGCAGCGGUCCGACUGCGAGAGCAGCGGCGGCGGCGCGGGGCUGCAGUAGGCGUCGCGCGGCCGAGACCAUGGCUGGAGGCAAAGCUGGAAAAGACAGUGGUAAGGCCAAGGCUAAGGCGGUGUCUCGUUCCCAGCGAGCUGGGCUCCAGUUUCCUGUGGGCCGAAUCCACAGACACUUGAAGACUCGCACCACAAGCCAUGGACGGGUGGGCGCCACUGCUGCUGUGUACAGUGCCGCAAUUCUGGAGUACCUCACAGCUGAGGUGUUGGAGUUAGCAGGGAAUGCUUCCAAAGAUCUCAAAGUGAAGCGCAUCACCCCACGUCACUUACAGCUUGCAAUCCGAGGUGAUGAAGAGUUGGAUUCACUUAUCAAAGCCACCAUAGCCGGGGGCGGCGUGAUCCCGCACAUCCACAAGUCUCUGAUUGGCAAGAAGGGGCAGCAGAAGACUGCUUAGGACGUGAGUCAGGCGCUGGCCUGCCCUCCUCGCUCUGUAACGGGGCAGAGGGGACGAGUGCGGUGUGCGGAAGAGCAUAGACGCUUGCUGUAGACGAGACAAAGGCCACAUCUGUAUGUUUUUAGACUCGGAGUUUGAUAAGUCCCUUUCCCUGUGGUCACAGUCAUGCAUUGAUUGGCCAGGUUUCUCCCUUGUGUUUUAUACAAAAGUAGAAUUGAUAAAACAUUUUUUACAAAA